AUGAGGACCACGUCGUUCACUCUCGAGGUUUUAGUUCUUCUCUUCCUCACACUGAUCCCGUGGCCGGGACCAUCCGUCUUCAAAAUAACUUGCUCUCGUGACAACUCCAAAAUUGUCAAGAAAGUAAUACAAAACAAGUGGAUACCGGUCUUAGAAAGAUUUCAGGUAAAGCUGCCGUUGGAAUGUCCUUUCCACCCGGCCCGCGACAUCUUUGCGCCACAACAUGCCGCCAAAUUGCAGCACCGCUCCUCACAGUGGACUUGCGCCUUUUGCGGCAAGUCCUUCUACGAGGAGCGACACCUCGACACGCACUUCGACCAGCGACACAAGAACCAGAUUAAUAAGGCAGAAGACGCAGUAUGUCUGGCAGACUACUGCGAUAUUAUGCGCUGCCAAGUUUUGGUGGCGCAUGGUCUGUUGAGUGGCGGCAGUGGUCCGAGCACUGACAUCGAAUUAUGGCAAGAUGCAGAAGCGGCUAGGAAGGCUCUAGCCCCAGCAGCGACGAGGAGCGUCGCCCGAGUGCCUGCAAGACGACGGCAUAGAACUAGGACUCCACCUCCAACGCCUGUAGCGGACUGCCCUAAGACUGACUCUAAUAAUGAGGAACUUGAAACCGAAGAAAAGAAGAGGGAAGAAAACGAAGGUGACACGAACCAAACGGCAGAACUUUGUGACGCAGACACGGUAGAGUCGUCGCUGCCGCCGGACAGUCGGCAGAGACGGCUAGCGGACUUGCAAGCUGAGCGUGCCGCUUGUGAUCCCGCGCACUUACAGAGACUUAAGGUGCGAUGUGAAAAAGUAGUGCACUCCUGCAUCGCAACUCUACUUUUGCAUCUAACACAACACCAAUUCACGGAAUUAGAAGAGGAGAUGCAACGCGCAGUGUGCUGGUACCUGAGCUGUGACCGCUACUGGGAGGACACGGCGCCGGCCGCGCGCGCCUUCCCCUGGCCACUGCUACUCGCACUAGCCACUGGCCUCGCACUCGCCCUCUGCAUGUGCUAUUAUAUUAUAUGGAUUGUUUUUGAGGCUAUUCGAUACCUACGUCUGAGCUCUGAAGAAGGCAGCGUAGCCGGUAGCGGAUCUGUUUCCAUGACAACCCACUCGUCGCCCGCGCGGGAACGCCUCGCCCCCGAGGACGGCUUGGAGGAUGACCACGACGACCACUACAUAUACGUCACGUACCCGCCGGACCUGAAGCGCCGUCUGCUCGAGAGCUGCUACAAUAGAACAACCCGACUU